AUGUCUAAUGAAGAUCAAUCCCCUUCUAGAACCGAAGUUGGAGAUUCCAAUCAAUCUGCAACAACGAAUCGAAGUUUGCAGGUUGGUGGCGUGAAAAGCCCUCUUGAAGAUCCAACAAACCCAUAUUAUCUCCACCAUGGAGAUAACCCAGGUAAUGUUCUUGUGUCUCAAUUACUAACUGGCCAAGAUAAUUACAUUUCUUGGAGUAGAGCUAUGCAGCUCUCUAUUUCAGUCAAGAAUAAAUUGGGUUUUCUUGAUGGUACCAUUCCUAAACCUCCUCCUUCUGAUUACAUUCUUUACAAUGCUUGGGUUAGAAAUAAUAAUAUUGUGAUUUCAUGGAUUUUAAAUUCGGUUUCAAAGGAGAUUUCUUCUAGUAUACUUUACGAUGAGUCCGCUGCCAUUUGGGCUGAUUUGAAGGUUCGAUUUUAUCAAAGAAAUGGACCUCACAUAUAUAAUCUUAGGAAAGGUCUUAUGAAUUUAAGGCAAGAAAAUCAAAGCAUCAGCAUGUACUUUACUAAGCUUAAAACCAUUUGGGAAGAGCUGUCUAAUUACAGACCAACAUGUACAUGUAAUUGUUGUACUUGUGGUGGUGUCAAAAGGUUGCAAGAGCACUAUCACAUGGAAUAUGUCAUUUCUUUUCUCAUGGGUUUAUCUGAUCAGUUUUCUCAAGUUAGAGGCAGCAUCCUCCUUAUGGAUCCCCUCCCUGAAGUUAACUGUGUGUUUCAUCUUGUCACACAAGAAGAAAAUCAAAAGGGCAAUCUUGCUGGUGCAGCCGAUCCUAACUCAAGCAUGGCUUUUGCCUUCCAAAACAAUAAGGCUGCUGCUAACAAACCAGAAAAUCAAGGAGCUAAAGAUCAUCCUCCUAAGAAGAAUGUGGAGUUUGGUCACUAA